CAUUUCGUUGUUUGCCAACCGCCAAUAAACCUAAGUGAAGAAGAAGCAGCAUAUCCGACCUGUCCUUGAAACUACAACACAGGCAAGAUGGUCGCAUACUGGAGACAGGCAGGCCUAAGCUACAUCCGCUUCUCGGCGAUCUGCGCUAACGCGGUGCGCUCUGCUAUGAAACCGCAGUUCAAAACGGAGGCGAUAAAGGCCGCCGAAGCCAGUGUAAAAGUCCUCAAACCCAAAACGGCAACAGCGUAAUUUGGACCGUGACAUGGCUAUUUUGUCCUUGAGUGUUGAGGUCCUGUCAUGCUACUCAUGGAGAAGAAAACAGAUGGACUACACCCGGAUGGCAUGCCACAUUUUGGGGGGACCUUGAUGGAAUUAUUUUUUUUUCCCCUUAUUUGUAAUGAAAUUGAAUUAAAGAUUGACAUCUUGAAAACA